AUGCUGGGAGCUUUCACGCGUGCGUUCUCCUCAUUGGUGAAGACGCGAGCACCGGCUGCUCGCCUCUCUUCCACGCUACAUGCCUUUCGUGGCUUUGAACUUCCCCUCAGAUGCAUGGAGCCUUUAAUGCUGCUGCGACCUCUCGCACCCGUGGAGCGUGCGCCUACGGCAAUGGAGGAGAUGCUCGCGGACAGUGUGAUGCGUAAGAGGCGGCUCAAAAUGAAGAAGCACAAGCUUCGCAAGAGAAGAAAGAGACAAAAGGCCGAGAAGAGAAAGCAGUCGCAGGGUAAAUGA